AUGUCAAGCGGUAAUUGUCUGAUGAUGCAAUUCUAUUGGGGAGGAAAAAUUGUGUAUGCUGGCGGGUCAAUAUCAUAUGAUCCACCGUUGCCCAAAAAGGUCAUAUUCCUCACAGAAAGGGUGAAUUUUGAUGGAUUGGUGGACAUUGUAUAUAAUAUGAUGGAGUUAAACCGAAAUACUCAUAAAAUUAACUUGAUAUUUCGGAAUUGCAUGCAAAAUGGUGUGUUCGGUGCCACGCCCUUGGUAGAUGAUAAUGGAGUUGAUGGAAUGUAUUUUUUGAAAGCUAAUAGUGGUCAUGGGACAGAGAUAUAUAUCGAGGUUGAAUCAAUUCUAAAUUUCAAACAUGAUGAUAUGCAAAAUUUGCAUAUUACAAGUUUGCAUGGUAAUCAAGACCCAAGCAUAUAUGGAUCGGAACAUAUGGAUGUGGUAGGGACAAUUGGCUUAUAUGAGAGUCAAUUGACCCAAGUAGAUUGUGAAAAUGUUCGAUCGGCUCGAAGAUCUAGGAGAAAGGGUAAUGGACGCCGCAUGGAGGCUAAUCGUCCCAGUAGUAGUCACCCAGUAAUGGACACGGAACCCAUUAUAAGUUAUGGUGUGGACAUUGAUACGUGUACAGUUAGGGGAUUCGGGGAAAAUAACGACAUUGAAUUUGUUGAUGUUGAUGCUGAUGUUGAUGUUGACUCCGAACCCGAACCAGAUGAUGAUUCCGAUGAUGACAACCCUGUGUAUGGUUCAUUUCCCCAUACAGGGGAUCAUCAGGAUCAUAAUACUCAAUGGACCUUUGAUGAAGGACCACAACUGCGAUAUAAAGCCGGUGUUGAUGCUGCAUUAACGUUUGAUCCACUGGAUGCAUGUGGGGUUGAGAAGCUAAAAUUGUGGAAUGAACGCACGAAAGAGUUAGAGCUUGGCCAGCUAUUUGAAACCAAAGACCAUGUAAAGCGAGCAGUUAAAUUGUGGUCUAUAAAGGAAAAUAGGGAGUUUAAAGUCCGUGAAAGCACUCCCACAACUUGGUAUGUCAGAUGUCGGGCUCGCACCUCUGUACCUUCAUGCAAUUGGCAACUUAGGGCAACCCUACGGAAAUCUCACAAGAUGUGGAUGAUCGUUACACUUGCUGAAAAGCAUACAUGUGUCCGUGUAUGUGGCAACAACGAUCAUAGGCAACUGAGUGGCGACAUAAUAGCUGAGCACAUUAUCCCCCACAUAAUGAAUGGGCCAGUGUAUAGGAUCAAAGAAAUACAAACAUCAGUGAAAAAAGAAUUUCACGUUGACAUUUCAUACAAGAAAGCCUGGUAUGGCAGGCGUAGGGCUAUCGAUAUUGUUUAUGGCGAUUGGCCUACGUCCGUUGCACAGCUCCCAACGUAUGUCCAGGAAUUACAAUAUACCAAUCCGGGUACGGUGGUUGUGUGGGAUCAUCAUCCACUGAGUAUUUCGAGCAGUCCGAUAUUUGACUAUAUCUUUUGGGCAUUUGCUCCUGCCAUUGAAGGAUUUCGUCAUUUAAAACCCGUCAUUUGUGUGGAUGGUACAUUUCUUAAAGGCCCGUACCGUGGAAAGAUACUAACUGCUGUUGCUUUCGAUGCUGACAAUCAUUUAUUUCCUCUGGCUUUAGCAUUAGUAGAUGAGGAGAAUAAUCGCAGUUGGAGUUGGUUCAUGAGACUAUUGCGUAUUCAGGUGUGUGGUGAUAUUCAAAAUAUAUGCGUAAUUUCAGAUCGCCACCACGGAAUAAUUAACGCAAUGAGGACGCUCCCAGAAUGGAAAGAACCACUAGCAGUUCAUCGAUUUUGCUUGGUUCAUGUGCGGAGCAAUUUUACGCGGAAAUUCAAGAAUCAAAGGCUUAAAGAGCUUGUGUGGGCUGCUGGAUCAGCAAAUCAACCUCGAAAGUACGAGGAAUACAUGCAACAAAUAUUCACAUUAAAUGCAGAGGCAUAUGCAUGGUUGACAGGAGGUUCAGUUAGACCCGUACAGUGGGCCUUAUGCAAAGAUGGGGGCUAUCGGUGGGGACACACAUUUACAAAUAUGGCCGAAUGUUUUAACAACUUAAUGAGGGAUGCUCGGAUGUUGCCGAUCACAGCUUGUAUUCGGUUUACACUGAAUCAGACAGUUGAUCUAUUUGUCGAGAACCUAAAGAUCACAAAGGAUCAGGUGUACCCACUCCCAAAAAAAAGUUGGAAAAAAUAUUUGGCUAAUGAAGAAAAUGGGCGAGCACACUCCGUUAGAGUGUAUGAUCCCGUUAGGGGAGUGUUUUGUAUUACUACUGCUCAUCGACAAAGUCAUCGGGGUGGCAACGCUCAAACUGUUGACCUUACAAAUCAAACGUGCACGUGUGGAAAAUGGAGGGAAUUACGAUUUCCGUGUUCGCAUGUGUUCGCAGCUUGCUUUAGGUCCAGAAUUAAUCCGAUGACUCUUGUGGCGCCGGAAUACACAUUUUCUGCAUACCAGUCUACAUUUGCAGGCCAUUUUUAUCCGCUUAGGGACACAAAAUAUUGGUCGACAGCAGAUUUACGAUUGCAUAUCCUAGAUGAUCGUUUGAAACAAAAGACUCCGGGGCCUUUGAGAACGGCUAGAAUCCGGAAUGAGAUGGAUCGAAGGUGUCCUGAUGCUCCACGUCGGUGUAGUAACUGUUUGCAACCUGGACACACUGCACCUAACUGCCCAUAUUCUGGUUACUUUCAUCAAUAG